CCGGCGGCAGGCGGACGCCCGCCCUGUUCUGUCAAAAAAUACUGGCCGUUUACGUCAGAAAAAAACAAUUAAAUUCAAAUUUCGAAUUCGAAAUACGGUGCGUUUGUGGAGUGACGUGAAGUGUGGAUUGGCCUUCGUUUGAGUGUCUUCAGAUGAGAUGGGAAUGCGAGCACUAUGGUUCGGGACGUGUUGGCUGAUCCUGACCCUGUGUGUCUCCGGCAGCGGCAGUGACUGGCUCAGCUGCGCCCAGAUCGCGGUGUGCACUUGCAAGUGGUCGUCAGGGAAAAAAACCGCGUCCUGCGUCUCCGGAAACCUUGAACAACUGCCUCGGCUCUCCGCAGACAUCCAAGUACUCGAUCUGCAUGGCAAUCCACUAAAGACUCUCGAAGAAGACGCUUUCGCCAAAAUUGAGCUAUUAAACCUGCAACGACUCAAUUUGAGCUCAACGAGUCUACGCUCCGUACACCCUGACGCUUUUAGGGAGCUCCGGAUACUUAUUGAAUUGGACCUCUCGCAAAACGACCUGUUCCAAUUAUCGCCCGAUACCUUCAGGGGAAACGACCGGCUGAGACUGUUAGUACUAAAUGAUAACCCUUUGAACUCAUUAGUGGUGGAACAGUUUCCGCCCUUGCAACAUUUGAAACGACUGGAACUGGCGCGCUGUCGGCUCCGGAAAAUACACCCGUGGGCUUUUGUACACUUACGAGCAUUAGAAACUAUACAUGUUCAUCAGAAUUUGUUGUCAUAUCUACACCAUGACACUUUUAAUUUGCCUCUUUUGAAGACUUUAACGCUUUCAGAGAACCCCUGGUACUGUGAUUGUAGACUAAGAGAGUUUCACGAGUGGUUCCUGAAUAGUAAUGUAGGAAACGAAGAAGUUACGUGUGGUGGGCCGGAGACUAACGCUCAUAGUUCAUGGAGAAGUGUAAGAGGAGAUGAGAUGGUGUGUCCGCCAGAAGCUAUAUCCAGUCCAACCGUCAUACGGACUGAGGCGGGAGCGGACAUAUCCUUCGGAUGUUUUGCUCGUGGCGACCCCAAGCCUGAGAUAGACUGGUUCUUUCAUAGUGUAGAAGUGUUGAACGAGACAUACAAAAACAGUGAAAUUAUUGUGCAUCGACAUACCAUCGAACAUUACGACGAGUACAAUGACGAUUUUAUAAACAAAAGUGCGCAGUGGUUGAAUGUGACGAUAAACAAUGUGACUAGUGAUUUAGCCGGUGAAUGGGCAUGUAAAGCGAAAAGUUCCGUGGGAAUAGCCAAAGUUUACCUGACUCUAGUGCUACCAAAAGCCAGAAUCGCCAAGGCGCGUGUGGCUCCAGACUAUUCCGCAUUUUUUGCUGUUGCCGGCUCUAUAUUAGGCAUGACAGGGAUGGGGUUCUUGGCGGCAUGCUUCUGUUGGAAGACCAGACGCCGGAGAGUCCCGCCCAGCAGGAGUUUCACGGACCAGGAGAAGAAGCUUCUAGAUACUUCUUUAGCCGUUAGCUGUGAUAGGACUAGUGCUGAGUUAGGGUCUUCUUACGGCUUUGAGAUGCUAGACCGCUCAAUGUCUUUAGAGAGUGAGGAUACGCAGAGGUGUUUGGAGCCGAUGCAGAUCACGAUAGAACCCCAUGGAGGGUUUCCUCCGCCGCCGGCAGAAUUCUCGUUUCCUGCCCCUUACGGGAAUAUUUUUAUAUCAGUGCAAGUGAAGGGUCAUAACGAUGAGUAUCCCGAUCUUCUUGGAGGUGGAGCGACCUUGCCUAGGAGGAGUAGGACUUGUUUUCUUAAAUCUGACUAUGACAACAUGGGUCCUCGGAUCACGGCUGCUGGCAGCUCAGUGUGGUCCCUGCCAGGGUCCAACGACCAGGUCGCAGUGAAGCCUCCCCAAGUACCAAUAUGUCUGUCCACUUUCUCAACGGAAUUCACCGCGCUAUGAAUCUUAGUAUAAGAAAUUUUAUCAUAGUUUUAUAAAAACUCUAGGUGUUUAAGGAUUUUGCUAACAGUUAUUAUUAACGGAUUAAUUAUUAAUGAAUCUCGAAUGCUCUAUGAAUCGGUUUGCCAAUAGCAUUUUAAUGAUACGUUAUUUCAUAUUUGUGUAGGUACUUUAUUAAUCAAAGUCAAAUGUGUUUACACACAAUUUACAGGCCGAUGUUGCAUGGAUAAAUAUCAAUUAGGUAUAAUGUAACAUAUCAAUGGAAUAAAAAUAUUUGUGUUAAAAUAUUUGAAUGAUUUAUUAGAUGUUGUUUGUUAAUCUCUCACUAUGUGUUAAUGCGAUUAUAGUUUUUAAGCGAAUAAAACUUUGUUAAUAUUUUAUUCGUUUAGUACUUUAUGGAAUUCAAAUGGAUAAAAUAUAUUUUACCAUAUUACCUAGUUUACCAGACUGACUUCCUGAAUAAAUUAAAAAUAUUUAUAGUUUUUAUUUUUGCAAUUCAGUGUAAAUAGUCAUGUAGUCAGUCUGAGUUCCAUUAGUCAAACCACAACGAUGUUUUGCUUUUUUGCUUUACUUCAAACAUAGGACUGAAAGAAUUACUCGUAGAUAGUAUACGAAUUAUGGUGACUUUUGUAAAUAAUAUAAAACUCUCACACUAUGCCGCCUUAAUAAGGGAAGUUUGUGUAAAAUGUGAAAUCGUUAAAAAGUUUUAACUAUACUACAUGUUUUUACUGGACCCCUACUAUGUUUUAAACUUGGCCUAAAAUAUAGUACCUAAUAUUAUGCAAUAUAAAGAUACUGUUUUAUUAAUUUUAUGAUGAAUAAAUGCCCAUCAAUGGAAUAGUUUUUUCAAUUAAAUAUAUUUGUGUAGUAAGUUAACGUUUGUAAUUUUUUUGUAUAUAUUUUAAUUUACCUUUUUUACAAUUUACAUUGAAUAUCUGCCACUACUACCUUCAUAUAUAAUAAUUUUAAUAACUGAGAUAUGGGAGCGAUUCUAAAAUUAAGAAAGAAGAAACAAAGAAAGUAUGAAAGAAAUACAUUUAUUCAGUGCACUGAAUUUUUGAGUUAUUUUGAUAUUGUUAAUUUGAGUACCUACCUUGAAUCGGUUUCAAUGUUAAUUGUAUGACAUGUUUGAUCAUUUUAAUAAUGUAAGUAGGUAAAGUUUGUAAGAUUUUGAAUUUAAAACUAUUUGCUUUAAAACUCAAGAGAGAAUAAAGAAAUGAACUGAAAAUAUAA